CUCAAUCACUGGGUCCCGUUGGAAAUCGAUUAUAUAAGAAACUUUAUGAUCCCUUGCUAGAAUUAAGAGGAAUUGAUCUCCGAUUUGCACUAAAAAUUGAGCCAACAUUUAGAAGUGUAGGUUUUGAAAAUAUAUCAUGUAUAUGUAAAGAUAUAAAGCUUGGAAAGUAUGUAAUCCAUCAUGAUUUAUACCAUGGCGGAAAAAUUGGUGAAUUAUGGGCUUCAAAUUUCAAAGAAUCACUCACUUCUUUAAGACCUGUAUUAUCCCCAAUCACUGGUAUGAGUAAGAAAGAAUGGGAUAAUGACGUUGACACUAUUGCAAAUGAGGAGUUCGAUCAAUAUAAUGCAUAUCAUGUUAUUUAUAUUACCUUGGGCACCAAAAGAAUGACUCGAGGAUAA